UGUGACCACUGUCGAUGGUCUGCAGUGCAUGUAGAGAAGGAGACUGUGCGAUGAGUUGUAAAGGCUUUUGGAGGAAGAACACCUGCAUCUACUCACACAGAUUUGAUCUCAGUUUUCUGGUCUCUGGUUGAAGGAUCAGGGAUCAGAGACCUCCAUCAUGGCUAUCGCUGACCAGCUGCUGGAGCAGAUGUUCUCCUGGCUCGAGCAGAGGGAGCGCUGUGCAGAGAAACUGAGGAAACUGGCCAAGGAGCUGGAGUUACUCAGGCAGAAGUGUAAUGCUGCAGAAUGUGUUGGAAGCACAUAUGCUGUGGUUGGAGCAUUAUCUCUGAUCGGGGCCGGCAUGGCCACAUUUUUCACCGGCGGAGCAGCUGCUCCACUUUUAGGUGUGGCAGGAGCAGUGUUUUCAGGUACAGGUGUCACCAUAUCUGUGGCUUCUAAAAUCAUUGAGGGUUUCUCAUCCAGCGACACCAUGAAAGAUGCGCAGAGGAUAGAAGAGAAGAGCAACGAGGUUGCAGAAGAAAUCCAGAGACUGUUUGAGAGACUGAGGGCGAACAGUUCCUCUGCAGAUCCGGAUGAAGUGGACCGACACGUGAUGACUGAAAUUCUGAGAGCCAUGGCCAGACGCAAUGGACUGGAGGGGCAAAUAAACACCCAGACUUUUUUUGAUAAUAUACCCAUGAGGUUUACCCAGAGCUUCUCAAAUUCUGAACUGACAAUUGGACUUGCUGGUAUUUUAAGUUUUUUCACAUUGAAAACUGUUGGGAAUGAAUUUAAACAUUUGCUUGAUAAAGGAGCCAAUGAACUGAUCAAACAAGUGGCUAAAACUGGGUUUAAAAACGUCCUUAAAGGAGGAGCCAAGGUUGUGGGAGGAGCUGUCGGACUGGCGUUUGAACUUCCUGAGGCGAUCGACAACUGGAAAGACCUGAUCGAAAAGAAUCAUGUGACUAAAGCCAGCCAAUCACUGAGAGAUACAGCUGACGCCAUUCUAGACACCUGCCGGACACUCAGGGAACAGUUUGACAACAUCAGGAGGAUGUUUGAAGAGAUGGCUAAGAGUAAAAGAGAACUUACUUCACAGCAUGUUGUACCUCAGCAAGCAGCACAUUGUGACAUGACACCUAUGCAGCAGACAUGGCAAAAAUCAGUCCUGGCAGUAGGGUUACAACCCUUUACAUCAUGGGCUCAACCUCCCACUGAUCAAGCAGCCUCUACUCAUGGUUUCCAGUCUUUGAUUACACCAGUCUAUCCAGUGCCCAAACAGCUAGGAGUCCCUGAGGUCCUUACUUCACGGCAUGUUAUACGUCAGCCAGAACCACAGGGGGACCCGACAACUAUGCAACAGACGCAGCCAAAUUCCGUCCUGGCAGUCCGCUCUAGACCCAUUUAUGCUCAGGCUCAAACUCCCCCUUCACAAGCAGCCUUUACUCAUGGUCUCCAGUCAUUGAUUUCACCAGUCUAUCCAGUGCCCAAACAGCUAGGAGUCCAUGGGCUCCUUACUUCAUGGCAUGUUGUACCUCAGCCAGAACCACAGGGGGACCCGACACCUAUGCAACACACGCUGCCAAAUUCCGUCCUGGCAGUCCGCUCUAGACCCAUUUAUGCUCAGGCUCAAACUCCCCCUUCACAAGCAGCCUCUACUCAUGGUCUCCAGUCAUUGAUUACACCAGUCCAUCCAGUGCCCAAACAGCUCGGAGUCCAUGGGCUCCUUACUUCACGGCAUGUUGUACCUCAGCAAGCAGCACAGGGAGACAUGACCACUAUGCAGAAGACGCAGCCAAAGUCAGUCCUGGCAGUCGGCUUUAGACCCAUUUCUGUUCAGGCCCAAACUGCCCCUUCACAAGCAGCCUCUACUCAUGGUCUCCAGUCAUUGGUUACACCAGUCCAUCCAGUACCCAAACAGCUAGGAGUCCAUGGGCUCCUUACUUCACGGCAUGUUGUACCUCAGCAAGAACCACAGGGGGACCUGACACCUAUGCAGAAGACACAGCCAAAGUCAGUCCUACCAGUCAGCUCUAGACCCAUUUCUGUUCAGGCCCAAACUGCCCCUUCACAAGCAGCCUCUACUCAUGGUCUCCAGUCAUUGAUUACACCAGUCCAUCCAGUGCCCAAACAGCUCGGAGUCCAUGGGCUCCUUACUUCACGGCAUGUUGUACCUCAGCAAGCAGCACAGGGAGACAUGACCACUAUGCAGAAGACGCAGCCAAAGUCAGUCCUGGCAGUCGGCUUUAGACCCAUUUCUGUUCAGGCCCAAACUGCCCCUUCACAAGCAGCCUCUACUCAUGGUCUCCAGUCAUUGAUUACACCAGUCCAUCCAGUACCCAAACAGCUAGGAGUCCAUGGGCUCCUGACUUCACGGCAUGUUGUACCUCAGCAAGAACCACAGGGGGACCUGACACCUAUGCAGAAGACACAGCCAAAGUCAGUCCUACCAGUCGGCUCUAGACCCAUUUCUGUUCAGGCCCAAACUGCCCCUUCACAAGCAGCCUCUACUCAUGGUCUCCAGUCAUUGAUUACACCAGUCCAUCCAGUGCCCAAACAGCUAGGAGUCCAUGGGCUCCUUACUUCACGGCAUGUUGUACCUCAGCAAGAAGCAGUCCCUAGGAUGGCCAGCGUAUGGAAAGAAGACAAGAAUGUUUCCAGAGAGAAAAACAUUCAACAAGGCUGUAAAGAAAAGCGAGAGCCACUAAACAAGCACCUAUUUAUGAGUUCAAAUCCAGCUCAGGACCAGAGUGGAAACCAGCAGACUUCAUCUCCAACAGAUCAGAGACACCAGAAUGAACGAGAAGGUCAUCAAACUGAGCAGACCGGACGUGGACAAGAGAGAGAAAGUCAGCAAAAUAAAGAGACAGGAAGUGGUCAGCAGGGAGGGGAUGAUCAGGGAGAUAAGGAGAGUGAUGAUGAAGAUGAGGAGAGUGAUCAGGAGGAUGAAGAAACUGAUAGCGAGGAAGAGUCAGAGGAAGAUGAAAGCAAGAAGACUGGUAGAAAAAGGAGAAAGCGUAAUCGAAAGAAGGGCACUCGAAGUAAACAAAGAGGAGACAGUGAGGAAGUGGUCAGACAGUGUCAGGAUAGUUGUAUUGACCAAGAGCAGAGAACCAUCCAGACACCUCCUGGAACUAUAAGAGUGGGGUUACUUAAUGUUCGCUCAAUGAAUAACAGCCGAUCCAGGAUCUUAGAGCUCAUAACUCAAAACAACCUGGACGUCUUCCUCACAACAGAGACGUGGUUACGAGAAGACAAUGCAGACAGAGUCCUCAGGGAGGUUUCGCCACAGAAUUACCAUUACUAUUAUCAGGUGAGGGUUGGUCAAAGGGGAGGAGGGGUAGCGAAUCAGUUCUCACAGGAGCUGCAGGGUGAAAACAUUCCUUUUGACUCCUUAACAACCUUUGAAUGUGUUGUCACAGUUCUGCAUCAUGAUGAGUGGAACCAGCCGGUCCCUGUCAUCAAUGUGUAUCACCCACCGGGGUACAACAGGGACCAGUUCCGUACAUUUCUGGAUGAGUUUGAAACGCUCUUGGCUCAUUUCAACAACUACAACAGCCUCAUUGUGACAGGAGAUUUCAAUAUCUGGGUCGAUCAGGAAAGGAGGUCUUUCACUGAUGAGUUUUAUCAUAUUUGGCCAAUCUACAACCUCGAACAGCACGUACGGGAGCCCACACACGAGGGAGGUCACACUCUGGAUCUGGUCCUCACCAGAAAUGUUGAAAUCUCUGGUCUUGUUGUCAGGAACGACGGAAUAUCAGAUCAUUACACUGUAGAUUUCAAAGCAAGGCCAGUUUCAAAAGAUAAGAGGGAGGAAACUAAGAAAGAAAAGGAUCAAAGAUGAACAGGCAAAACAAUUCAAAAGGAGGGAAGAAUAGAAAAUCUGGUUUAGAAAGAUAUAGAAUAUAUCUGUCAUUAACUGCAGUUUGUUUAAAAAGGUUAAAUCCAAGUCUGUCUCCGUCAAACUUGUAUCAUGCCUUUCUCCUCUUCAUCGUCACACACCGAUGCACAGCAAGUUAGGGUUCAGUAUCUUGCUCAAGGAUACUUCGACGUGCAGUGCUCUGCCUCUGAGCCACAGCCACCUGCUACAUUAACGGAUAAUGGAGUCCAAGCUCUGUCUGCAUCAACUAUCAGUACUUUUUGUCACAUGGGCAGACUUCACCAGUGUGUUUGUUAAACUGACAACCCUCUGAAGCUUCAUUCAGACAUGAGUGUUUGAGAACAUGUGACAAUAGUGUGUAAUGUUAUUAAAUGAACUGUAUUGAACAUGGUAAUGGUAAUAUAAUCCACAGAGCUAUACAGUAAUUAAUAGAAUCACAAAUUCAAUCAACUGCUCCACUCCUUUAUUUCCUUUAUCACAGCUCUUUAGACAAACUAACAAUAAUAAUAUAAAGUCAUAUAAUGUAUAAUGUACUGUAUUAUAAGGUCAUGUACUGACUAUAUUGAUACAAUCAUAACACAAACAGCACAGACAAUAAAAUUGAAUAAUUAAAAAAUUAAAACCA